UGACUUCUAUUCUGCUCUUUCUUCAUUGUCUUCACCUUUAUUUGGACACACCCGUGAAAAACAACGGAGCUGUUUACUUGACAUCAUUAUCAAUAUCAAUAAUAGAAUUGGACUUGCUGAACUUUUUGCAACCUAUCUCAUUUACUACACCAUUCUUUCCGUAUACGGAAGAGUCCCAGGCAGGAGCGGCGACCUGAAACCAUAAUCUCAUCAUGCGCGGCCUCCUCCACGGUGCCGUUUUACUGGAAUGUCUACUUGUCGGCGCGGUAGAUGCAUCACCUGUAUCAUGGUACCCAUGGGUUUCCAACGGACAGCAACAAACACUCGCGCAAGAGAAGACUCAGCAGCAUGACAGCGCAGCUACCAUAUUGAAAGAUGCCACCCUAGACGCAUGGCUAGAGAAGGAAGAGACCACGGCAUUGUCAGGACUGCUAGCAAAUGUUGCGCCAGGAGGCGUCAACACCAUCGGUGCUGCCCCAGGAACAGUGAUAGCUAGUCCAUCUAAAUCUCAUCCCAAUUACUAUUUCCAAUGGGUUCGUGACGCCGCAAUUACAACGUCAACGCUUGUUGACGUUUACGCAUCCAAUGCAACUUCACCUCUCGCCGAGAAGAUAUCCAGCUUCCUCGCAGAUUACGCGCAUCUCCAAGUGCGUCUACAACGGACACCGAACCCGUCUGGCAAUUUCUCCUCGCUCUCCUCCCUCGGCGAGCCCAAGUUCAUGGUCGACGGCACGCCAUUUACCGGCUCCUGGGGCCGUCCGCAGCGCGACGGGCCUGCUCUCCGCGCACUCACCCUCAUGCGCUACCUUCGCGCCUACAACCAGACGCACCCGGCGCUGUGGACGAGCGCCGACGGCGGCGGCUCGUGGUUCAAGGAGCUCUACGAGGCCAGCAUGCCCGCAUUGAGCAUCAUCAAGGCCGACCUCGAAUACGUUUCCCACCAUUGGCGCGACUCUGGGUUCGAUCUCUGGGAAGAAGUCAACGGCCUGCACUUCUUCACAGCCAUGGUGCAACGGCACGCCUUGCUCGAGGGCGCUCAACUCGCUGCGCUCUUUGACGACCCUGGUGCCGCCGACUGGUACGCCCGCCAGGCCGAAGAGAUGCGGCACGAGUUUCUCCCGUCAUUCUGGGACGAAGACAAAGGACAUUUAGUCUCAACUCUCGACACGCUUAGGUCGGGACUCGACUGCGCCAUUCCUCUCGGUGCUAUUCAUGGCUCCUCACUUUCAUCCUUUUCAUCAUUUUCCUCCCCCUCCUCCGCCGACGCCGACACCUUCCCUGCAACAGCAGACGGAAUCGAUUCCAUUUUCGCUCCCUUCUCCGACGAAGUCCUCGUCUCCACCUACGAUCUCAUCAUCGACCAGCGUCACCGCUUCCCCAUCAACGCCGCCGCCGCGCUCUCGCCUGACCCGCUCGCCGGCGUCGGCAUCGGCAGAUACCCCGAAGACGUAUACAACGGGGACGGCACCAGCGUGGGCAAUCCCUGGUUCUUGUGCACCGCCAGCGUCGCAGAACUGUUUUACCGCACCGCCGUGCAUGCCCAAUCCCAGGGCUGGCUUCAAGUUUCUCCCGCUGCGCUUCGUUUCUGGAAUGCAGUCAAUCCUGCCAUCACCCAAGCUGUCAACAUUUCCUCUUCUCCUCUUUCUUCUCCUCUUUCUUUUUCCUCUUCUCCAUCUUCUGCGUCAUCCAAACCCCUCGAAAACUCGAUGACAGAUGAUGACGACAACAACGGCGCCCUCUUCAACCACACCCUCCACCGCCUCCGCGACGUUGCGGACAAUUUCCUCGCCGUUGUCAAACACCACGCCGAUGCCCAGGGCUCGCUGAGCGAACAGUUCGAUGGCUUCACGGGCUACGAGCGCGGCGCGAGAGAUCUCACGUGGAGCUACGGCGCGCUUGUCGAGGCAGUCAAGUGGCGAAGGAGAGCAUAUCGGGGUGUUUAGUGAUGUAAUGCUGUUUAUGACCUUUUGAUUUAAUUCCUCUUUUAUUUCUUGAUAUAUUUAUUAUUAUAUUUCUUAUUAUAUUUCCUAUUUUAUUUCGUAUUAUACUUUCUAUUCUGUUUUUGUUUUAUUUUAUUUUAUUUUCAAUCCUAUUAUUUUUCCCUUUAUUUUCAUUCC